GGGACCCACUAUCGUAUCGAAGGAAACUGCUGGUUCUCCCCUCCCUGAAGCUUCCCCCUCCCGCAAUAACCAACCUGUACGAGGCAGCGGCGAGAUCCACAGCGGAGGCGCCCUCCGUGUCGGCUAUCUGCGGAGGCGUUCAUCCACGCCGGCGCCGGUGGGAUCCAAGCUCGGGCGUCCUCCACGGUGGCGGCGGAGGCGCCGGGGGAAUCCAAUUGCCGGUGCCAUCUACAGCGGCGACGGCUGGAUCCAAGCGCAGGCGUCCAUCGUAGGCGACAGGCGCCGACGAGCAGCGGUGGCCGAGAAGGAGCACUGGCUGGCAGGAGAUAGUGAAGUCUUGGAUAUUUUAUAUUCAUUCAAGAUAUUCAUAUUGUGGAUGCUUCCAUAGUCUUAGGCUGCUGUGACAUUUGUCACGCGCUUCUGGGAUCCGAGAUUCUUGAAGAAUCCUAUCCAUUCUUGGGUUAUGUAUGGAAAGAUAGAAGUCUACAAUUUUGGACUCUUGUGUCUAUCCUGAAGGAGUAGAGGACAUUCCAUCUCCUUUAUUUCUUGAAUAGGAAUGGAAAAUGAAGUUCCUGGUGAAGUUCUCAAGGCUGUUUUCCAAUUAUUGGACGGGAAAGACCUAGUGUUUUGCAUGCUUGUAUGCCGUCAGUGGCAUGAAAUUGCGAAGGACGAUUACUUCUGGAAAUGCAUUUGCGCACGAAAAUGGCCUUCCAUUUGCAAACAGCCACCUUCUGAUGCAAACUACCAAAAACUCUAUUUAACCUUCUCCAAGCCACGGAAGACGCAGCACCUCCCUGUACCAAGGCUCACAUUUGAGGAUCUGGUGUUUUAUAUUGAUAUGUGGCUUGAUGGGCCACUCAUCUUUUCUCAAGCAGUUUCAGGCUGCACCCUUCGAGCAGGCCUACAGUGCGCACCUCGCGGCAUUCCAGAUAUACUUGCUGCCCAUAUAAAUACCCUAGACUGCAUUAUGAUGAUGGAAGUCGAACCCAAGCUGGCAAUCCCUACGGGGCAAGCCAUCACUGUGUCUGUUCUCGCCCACCGCAAGGAUACCAACAAGAUGGCUUGCAUAAUUAAUGAAUCAACAUUUGAGUACAUUGACAGUAAUGCAGCGCGUGCACUGGCAUACGAGUACCUCCAGUUUUCGCCGAGAAACCCAUUCAUAUCAGACAUCCGAGCAUGGUUGUCCCUGCUGUUCCUGUCCAAAGGAUCAAACGUCAUUGAGGUAUUUGGUAUUGAGCUAGAUUUUUGUGACGCUGCAAGGUCAGAGACCGAAAUUCUGUGGCUCUUAGAUAUGCUUGAUUGGAAAUAGAAGUUUUCGUUUUAUUUUAUUUUUCUUGUGAUUUGCCGCAUGUAAAGACAUGUUCAUGGUUGGUUCAUCUCUUCCUGUUGCAUGUAUGCUACGGAACUACUUUUGGAAACUUGGAACAAAUUGCACCAGUUACUCCAGGUGUAGCAGAGCAUCAAUUGCUUCUGAUUCUGAUCA